AUGCCGCCAGAAAAGAUCAGAAGGGCAUCGGAGCCACGGGACACUUCUAGAGGAUUGCCACCUACCAUCUAUCGCCUCGCUGUUCUGCUCAUCCCUAUCACAAUAGCCAUUUGGUGCAACCUGGCAUAUCUCUCAAGAAAUGAUCCAUUUCACUGUCGCACGCUUUUGAGCGACGGAGCAUGGGCAUCUCAUACAGGACCCCGAGAUCCUGAACAGGACUUUGCAAAAUGGGAACCUCACAAUUGUCGCAUGAUUGAGUACUCGAGGGGCCAGUUCCACGAUUGCCUCGGUGGUCGGAGGGUCGUCUUUGCCGGCGAUUCGACCAUGAGACAGGUCUACUGGGCUGCUGCCACCCGGCUCGACCACAUGAAAGCUCACGUUGCCUUGCUUGAUGUAGUUGUCGACGACAGCAAACACGACAAUCUCUACUUUGAAGCCGAGGGCGUCAAGCUGGAAUUCGUCUGGGACCCAUGGCUCAACUCAUCCUACCUUCACGACGAGCUCUUGAAAUUUCGAGCCCAGGAAACCUUUGCCGAUUAUGGAGUUGUGAAAUCAAAGGAUGAAGAGUCGGCUGCUCUCGUGGUUCUGGGUGCCCCGGGCCUAUGGGCUGCUCGUCACGGCGGUGACGAUUAUUUUGCCAUCUUCAAACGUGGCAUCGAAGCAAUGAGAAUUCAUUUCGGCUCCACCUUGCAAGACUCCCUGGUGUCUCCUACAAAGGACUUUCGCAGAAAUAAUGAUUUGGCUCCGAAUCAAAUUCUUCUCGCACCCGUGCAAGAACCUUGGUACGACUCGCUUUCUGCUGACCGUGCUCAGACCAUCAAGCCCGAGAAGGUGGACAGGAUGAAUGCGUACCUUGCAAAGUGGUCCUCAGAAGAGCAGUCUCAUAUCCUUUGGGCUUACAAUCAAAUGACCAAGGGGGACGAAAGCGCGUACGAGGUGAAUGGAAUCCACGUUCUGGAUCGAAUUGCUGAGCGUAAAAUUGACAUUGCUCUCAACGCUCGCUGCAACUCUGCGACCGGGCAUCGAAUUCCUCAACAAGCGUCAUGCUGUGUUCGUUACCCAAAGUUGAAUAUGCUUCAGAAGUCAAUGAUUGCGGCUGCCUUUAUCUUGGCAAUUGUCCUUGGAGUUCGCCACGGUGUCAGCUCAUUAUUUUCGCUUCGAUCCGACAAUAUUCCCGGACUCGUCUUCUGCAUUCUCGCGAUAUUGGUCUACUGUCAUGUCACUGACAGACGACACGAGUUCCUCCGACUCGAUCGGCACUAUGACUCAUUCAAGUUCUUGAUGAGCUGCUGCAUCUUCUGGGCAACAAGCUUGCUCUCAUGGCGCAGUGAUAGCCAGCCCGCAGACCAAGUAUCGAAAUCGCGACGCGAGUCAACUGUACAGAACGACAAGGGUUUUCUUUCCCGCGAGCAGUCGAACGAGUGGAAAGGUUGGAUGCAAUGUCUGAUCUUGAUCUACCACUUCAAUUAUGCUUCGCAGACCUUGUGGGUAUACAAGCUGAUACGAGUGCUUGUGUCAGCUUACAUCUUUCUGUCUGGCUAUGGCCAUACCAUGUACCUGUUGAAGACGGAAGACUUCUCGUUCCGCCGGGUGGCCGCCACUUUGUUCCGCCUCAAUUUCCUCAGCGCGGUAUUGCCAUACAUGAUGAGCACUAGCUACAACUUUUAUUACUUUGCGCCAAUCAUUACGUUUUGGUACCUGGUUGUGUACGUCACUCUUCGGGUGUUCAAGAGAUACAACCAAGAUCCUCUCAAACUCUUGGUCAAGCUGGUGCUCGCAGCCAUCAUUGCAACCCCUGUGAUAUUCAUCCCGCAGCCUCUGCAGUUGUUGAGCACGAUAUGCCGCGUCGUCUUUCACAGCCAGUGGGACUCGAAAGAGGUCAGCUUCAGACUGAGAAUUGAUCGCUAUAUCGUCUUUUUUGGCAUGAUGACGGCAUCAAUUGUCCAUCGCAUGUCUGUCCUGAGAGCCAACUCUGUGAUUCCAGAAUGGUCACAGUUGGUAGAUCCCCGGGUUGGCGAUUCCAGCGCCAUUGACCCAUUGCUGGCCAUCCUGGAGUUCCCUGAUGCUCUGAGCAAGCCAAUCAAGCCACUGGCAUGUGGAUGCGCCGCGCUUUUCAUCCUCUGUUUCACUACCGUCACACAGACGGCAAUAGGUAGCAAGGAAAUGUACAAUGCAGUACAUGCGCUGACAUCAUGGGUUCCCAUCAUUUCCUUUCUGAUUCUGCGAAACUCGCAUAGGCGACUGAGAAACGCACAUCUAGCAUUGCCGGCAGCAUUUGGAGGCAUAUCUCUGGAGCUCUAUAUUCUUCAGUAUCAUAUCUGGCUGGGAGGCGAUGCAACGGCGAAGCUUAGUAUGGGUCUGGGAGACCGCUUUGGAAGUCGCAGCUGGUUGGCUGUACCGAACAAAUACCUUGAGCCACUCCUCAUCGGUGGCAUGUUCAUCUGCAUUAGUGUUUAUGCGCGAUAUGCCACGGAGGCAUUGACCAAGCGACUAUUCUACAGCACAACACCACAUGAGGAUGUCAAUGGCGACUCGGGCCUAGCUAGCAAGGAACGGGCAGCAGGUGGCGGUCAAUAUGCUGAGGCUGGUUGGCUUAGCAAGUCGGGACAACUCGUGAGAAUGGACGUGCGUGCAACAGUUUUGGGGAUUGUCGCUCUUGUGUGGCUAGGAAACAUGAUAUCGUGA